AUGGAAGAGAUUUCCAUCGUGUCCAACCUGACUGCGCAGAGUCCCGGGGAAAGCAAAAAUCGGGCUGAAAAUGUUGUUUUUCUCUGCAGCAGCGUGCAGGCUCUGGCUGGGGAGAAGCCUCCGUGUGAUGUGGGGAUGCAGCCAUCGGGCAAGAUUCUCUCGCUGGACAAGCAAGGGGCCAAGAAAGUGCUGGAGAUCUACGUCAGGCGCUCGCUGAGCUGCUGCGAAACCUCGCUGGGGGCCAAGGAGGGAGGCAGAAGGCGAGGGAGGAAGGCAGGUGGGCUGCAACGGUCGAAAAGUGACUUUUGCAAGUAUUCGUGUGCCAAACUUGGCCCCAGGAAGGACCAGGAGGAGGGACCCAAAGCACCAGAGCUGGAUGAGACUCUGGAUGAUGAGAGCAAAGCUCCUGGGGAGGUCCCUAAAGAGGAGAUGGAGCCCAAGAAGAAAAGCACAAAAAACUCUUCCCAGCGCAAAACCCAACGCACCUGGUUCAAAAGCGUCUUGAAUUUCCUCCUCAAGAAGAGCCCUGAGGAGCAGAAGGAAAAUACGGCAGACGUGGAGCAGCCUGACGGUUACUACGCACGAGUCUCGGAAGAGAUCGGGCUGAUCGUGCAGGGCAGCGAGAGCCAGGGGAGCAGAGCACGAGGACGCGGGGAGCCGCCGCGGCCGGCCAGCGCUGAUGGGGUCGACGAAGCCAUCAGGAGAAUCGUCGCCCUGCUCCAGAGCGCAGGAGAUGAGCUGGACAGGCAGCUGAAGGAAGAUGCACAGCUACGGACGUUCUUCAGGGACAUGUCCUACAGCUCCUUCAAGAACUUGGCCGAUGCCUACGUCCGCAAGGAAAUGACAAUGGCCAGCAGACCCGACGUCAACCCCCAAGAGAUCCAGUUUGCCUUCGCCGUGCACCUCACCGCCAGGGUGGCCGGCAUCUGCAACCAGGCGGUCAACAGGAUCAUGGGCUUCGGCACGCGCUACCUGGAGGAUUCCUUUGCACCCUUGUCCUACAGCAAAAUUCUCCAGGACAGAGAGAAGUUCAGCACAGACAAGUGCGAGAGCCCAGACUGA